AAAAAAACCGAAAUCAGUGAUUUUAUUAAUGUGUUCCGAUUUGAACGUGUGUUAAGGUGCGAGAAGAUAUCUCCAGAAAGGAUUGUAGGUCAUCAGCAUAAAGACACAAACACUCACUAUGUGGGCAGCGCAAUAUGUUUUAUGUGCUCUGACAUGCAUCACAUUUAUGAGAGGCACACAUGGUCUCUAUGAAGAUUGUGAGGUGGCGCCCCCAGUGGAAUACGCCACUAGUGAAAUUCUUAUAUCGGAUUCAAUCAACACGGCCAUCUAUAGCUGUGAGGCGGGCUAUCUACUGAAGGGUAAAAGCGAACUCACAUGCUUUCUGAAAACCGAUCAAUGGCAAGGCGAACCACCCAAGUGUGAGAAAGAGACAAAUCUUUCGGAGCGUCGCAAAAAGAUCUUGGCCUUAGCCGAAGAGCCAAAAGUUAACUUACCCUUGGCAAGCAAGCUGGACUUGAGUUGUAGCCAGGCCAAGGUCCAGGCACCCGAGAUAAGGCAUGGAGCUGUCGUCAGCUAUGAAAGGCGCCGCAAAGGAGAAAAGGUUUUCCUUGUUGCCUACUAUGGAUGCAACGAAAACUAUGAAUUCGAGAGCACAGAUGCCACGGCCAUGUAUUGUCGUCAGAAGGAAUGGGUGGGUGAGAUACCAACCUGUAUACCACUUGCUGAGUAUAGUGAAGAUGAAGAUACGGACGAUCAAUACGAAGAAUACGAGACGGUCGAUAAAGAUCAGGGAAAUGUGGAAAAUAACCCCGAACAGGACGGUGACAGUGAUAAUGAUGAUGUCUAUGAGGAAGACGACGAGGAAGAGGAAUUAGGCAAUGAAAUUGCAUCGCAAAAGCCACCACCGCCAGCACCACCAUCCCCACCGACUGAAGGAGUGAUCCAAGAAAGCCAAAAAGAAGUUUUUGAACAUUUCCAGCCUGAACCGGAGAUUGUGGUUAAGGUUGCUGAACCUGAACCUCAGCCGGAGGUACAAGUAUUAAGUCAACCUGAACCUCAGGGUGAGACUCAACGUGUAAAUCCACCAGAAGCAAGCGACACCGAAGCACAAGAUAAUACUCAAACUCAACCAGAUUCCGAACUGAAAGCUGAAGAUGCUGCAACCGACAUAACAAUUGUGAUAGAACCCACCAGUGAUCCCUACACUCCACGCCUCUUGGAUUCUGAUUGUGGUAAAGAUCAGGGUGGCUGUGCCCACAAGUGUGAACGUCUCCUGUUCCCUGGUGAAAAUGAGCCACGUUUGAAAUGCAGCUGCUUUGAGGGCUAUGCGCUGAAUACCCAAGAUUAUGCCACAUGUCAUGAUGUGGACGAGUGUCAGGAAUCAAAUGGUGGAUGUUCACAAAUCUGCAAUAAUCUGCCAGGUAGCUAUCAAUGCGCCUGCCAGGAGGGCUAUCAAAUCGAUGUGGCGACUGGUAAAACUUGUGUGGAUAUAGACGAAUGUAUUCUGCCUGAGGUUAUAGCCCAGUGUAGCAGCGGUUGUGAAAAUACGCCUGGCUCGUACCGUUGCAUUUUACCAUUGAUUGGCAAAGAAGAAGCGAAGGAGGAGGAGCCAGCUGUACCUGUGGCUGUGGCCACAGAAGUUAUAUCGGAGGCAACCACAACUCCUGCAGCGUCUGCUGCUACCUGUAAUGCUGGCUUCAUACUCUCACCCAAUGGCGACGAGUGUCUGGACAUCAACGAGUGUGAAAUUAUCGCCGAAGUCGAUGAAGUUGAUGCUGCUCGUAGCUUGUGCCAACAGAAAUGUGAGAAUACCAUAGGGUCGUAUCGUUGCCUGUGCCAUGAUGGCUAUCACUUGGACGAGGAUAAGGAGAGUUGCAUUCGCGACUCUUGCGAAGAUCUCGACAAUCCUCAAUUAAAUCGCACGCGUUGCGCCCAUCAGUGUGUGAAUUCGGCCAACGGACAGGGCUAUGAGUGCAUCUGCCCCAAGGGCUACAAUCUGGCCGAGGAUCAGUAUAGUUGCGAGGUGGCCGAAUCACCUUGCACCACAGAGCAGGGUUACGAACGUUGUCGUCCGGGUAGCUGUAUUCCCAGCGAGGAUAACAGCAGCUUCAUUUGUGAGUGCCCGCCUGGAUAUGUCAAUGAGGGCACUGGAUGCAAGGACAUCGAUGAGUGCCUGGAGGGCACACAUCUGUGUAGUCACAGCUGCUUGAAUACAGACGGAGCCUAUCAGUGCCUCUGUCCAGGAGGCAUGACUCUGGUGGAGGAGUUCACGUGCGUGGGCGAAGAUCCUUGUGCAGGCAAUAACAAUGGUUGUGAGCAAAUUUGCCUGACAGCGCGCGGAGGCAGUUGCUCGUGCCGCGAAGGCUUCCGAUUGAGUGAGGAUGGCAAGAGUUGCAACGAUGUGGAUGAGUGUGCCGAGGGCAAUGGCGGCUGUCAGCAGGUUUGCCAAAAUCUGCCAGGUUCCCAUCAAUGUGCCUGCGACCAAGGCUUUGAGCUCAGUAAGGAUAAACUCAGCUGCGUCGAUAUUGACGAGUGUUCGGGUCUUUUGUCGGGUGGUUGCACCCACGAGUGCAUUAACAAAGAGGGCAGCUUUGAGUGUGGCUGUCCGCUGGGCUAUGUCCUCCAAUCGGAUGGACGCAGUUGCCGUCCAGCCUUGGUGGGCUGCCCACCAGGUAGCCGGCAAAGGGAAACCCCCGAAGGUGGGUGUGAGCCCAUCACCUGUGAGCUAGGCUUCAUUCUUGGAGCUGUGGGCAAGUGCGUUGACAUUGAUGAAUGCCAGUUGAAUCGUGGUGGCUGUUCCCACGACUGUCAGAAUACCCAAGGAUCCUUUAAAUGCCUUUGUCCCGAGGGAUAUCAAUUAGACGAGACUCAGAGAAGAUGCCAAGACAUCGAUGAAUGUCAAGAAAACAAUGGAGGCUGUCUAACUGGCAUUUGUGUUAAUGAACUAGGCGGUUUUCGUUGCGAGGAUAGCACCACAACGACUACAACCACGACAACUAGAUCGCCCCCAGUUGUGCUGAGGCUACCCAAAUUACCAGAAUUGCCCACAAGGCCUAAGCUACACGUUGUAGCUAAGCCACACGUACAGUCUAAACUGCCACAAUACCCAGCUAGAAGGCCCAAUUUAUUAGAUGUUAAUAGGCAACCGGCGGAGCCGAGAUUGCCUGAACUACCUAGAUUGCCCAAACUGCCAGAAGUUACAAGAAAUCCAGUAUCAUCCUUCCCACGUCCUCCUCUAGAAGUGCGGGAUCAGUGCGUACGUUUCCAGGCUCCAGCUAAUGGCAGAGCCCAUUGCAAUAAAUAUCGUCAUAAGAAGAAAUACUUUUAUACCACCCGUUGCAAGGUCAUUUGUAAUUCUGGCUAUAGACUCCAGGGUUCGGAAAUACGCACCUGUGGGGCAUCCGGACAAUGGGACGGCCAGGACAAUAAAUGCAUUGCUAUCAAACAGCAUUCAACACCUAGUAUUGGAAAAAGCUUUGGUCCCUGCCCACCUUUGCAACCCGCUCAAAAUGGCCUGAUCUCGCCGCCCAGCUGCACGCAGGGUCAUUCCAAUUUUGGUGAUUUUUGUCAUUUGAAAUGCCGAAAGGGCUUUCAUGCAGCAGGACCUUCUUUUAUAACCUGCAUGCCCUUGGGCUGGACAUUUAACAAUCAGCUACAAUGCCAGCCAUCGCUAGGCAAUAAUCUUCUGCCACUCCUGCCUGCCGGACGUGUUCAGCUACCGGGUCCCAGACGAGUGAAACCUUUUAUUAGAUGCCCACAAAAUGUGGUCAUUCUUCUUAAGCCGGGACAGACUAAGGCUCAUGUUAUACUUCAGGCUCCGCAAACCAAUUUAGAUCAACGUCACAUUACCGCGCAGCCUCCUUGGGCGGCUCAACUGCAAUCACAUCUGCCGGCUGGCAUACACAAGGUUAUCUUCCGUGCCCAGAAUCCAAGCACUAAGCAGGCGGUUGGUUGUCAAACAGUUAUAACCAUCAAGAAUCCCAUAGUCGCGGCAUCGCCUCCACCUGUUUCAGAAAAGUUCUCCUUCAAUUUGAAUCCGGCUGCAAGAACAACACCCAUUUUCCAAACUAGCAUCAGUGGCCAGCAUCAGAGACCAGCUUCAUUAUUUAGAUCAUCGUCUGUGCCCAAGAUACGUGAACCGGCGCCAUUUCCCCUCUUUAACUUUGAUACAAUCAGUUCGCCAAAAACUAUUCCAGCGUUCAACCAGCGAUCAUCGGCUAAGCUUAUUGAUGCCUCAUCAUCAUCAUUAUCAGCGUCGUCACCUUCACCUUUACCAUUAGUGGGUGAUGUAGUGGCACCAUCCGAUGUCACCGUUAGCGGUAGUGACAAUUCCCGAUUAGAUCUGGAAUUGGGUUCGGCAAAGGCCAACUAUUGUCCACCCUCGAUUGAGGUUUACCUAAAGGAGAAUCAAAACUUACGUUCCGUGGUAUGGGAUGAGCCACGUUUCGAGGGUAAACUGCUGAAGAUCUUUAAGUCUCACUUCCCUGGCGCUCUUUUCAGAUUGGGUGAACAUACAAUUAAAUACGAAGCCACCACCACAGAUGGAGUCACCUUGAGCUGCACUUUCCGCAUCCAUAUUAAAGCUGCAAAGCCCACACCUGCACCCAGUCAACCAGAUAUCAAUUUGCCUCAACUGGAAUCCCUAUCUAGUCUGGCUCCCGCUGAAUUAAGAGAGGCACCUUCUCCAUCAUCAUCAUCCACCAGUAAUCAACUCUUCUCCGGCUAUGACUCCUAUGUUGUGUGUCCCGAUAAAGAGCCCAUUCGGGUGACCUCCCAGCAAUCUGUCGAUCUGCCUGUGGGCUGCACAUUGAAGAACAUACGCCCACAAACGAGUCCCCAGCAAACGCAACAUCCAAAACGCGGCCUGCUCACCUCACUCUGGCGCUCAUAUGCUAGAUUCUGAUGCAACGAAUAUGCAUACACACUCACACACAUACGCACACUGAAUGUGUGUGUGUGUGUGUGUGUGUGCAGCAUCCAAAAAUGAAAUGUCAAUUUACAUGCACAUUUUAUGCGUAAUUUAUAAUAAAUACCUAACUAAAUAUUUA